AAAAAUAAUAAAAUAAUAGAAAUAAUGACGAAGUAUUAAGUUAUCUCUUAAAGAAUUUAAUAAUUUGAAAUUAUCAAAAACAUAAUGUAAGAUUCUCACAAAAAAUAAAAAACUAGCUAUAUGUAUGGUAGGAUUGCCAGCUAGAGGGAAGACUUAUAUAUUAAGGAAACUACAUAGAUAUUUAAAAUUGGUUAGGUUAUAAUUGUAAGGUUUUCAACAUUGGAAAAUAUAGAAGAGAAAUUUGUGGGACAGAAUGUGAUAAGAACUUUUUUGAUUCAAAAAAUGAAUUAGUGUUUUGAGCAUUAAUUAGGCACUAAAGAAAGAAAUGGAUGUGCUUCGAUGGCAUUGAAUCAUUUGAUCAAUUAUUUAAAUAGUGAUGGAGAAAUUGCUAUUUUUUAUGGGACAAACACAACAAAACAGAGAAGAAAUAUGGUUUAAUGUUAGUUAUUAUAAUAAUGCCAAAAUGUUUAAACUCUGUGGACAAUAUCUAUUUGUGAUGAUAUAGAAGUAAUUUAAAAUAAUAUCAAAUUAACCGAACUUAAUAAUCCAGAUUAUAUUUCAAUGAGUUCUGAAAAGGCUCCAAAAGAUUUUUUAGGAAGAAUAAAAAUUUAUGAAGAGGUUUAUCAAAAGAUAGAUUUAGAUGAGAAAUUAUCAUUUAUUAAAUUAAUAAAUAUUGGGGAAGAUGUAUCAUAUUGAUAUCUAUUGAUAAGAUUUAAAUUCAUAAAGUAAAAGGAUAUUUGUUAUCAAAAAUUGUGGAGAAUAUGAUUUUAUCAUAAUAAGGAAUCUAAUAUUCAUAAUAAUUAGGUAAAUUUUUAUUUGAAGAUUUUCCAAAUUAAGAAUAAAAAAUCAAAUUCAUUGGUUAACUUCUACAAUGAAGAGAGCUACUCAUACAGCUGAUAUUGUUUGCAAUAUUCUUCGGAUUAACUAUGUUAAUUAAAGACUUUAGAUGAAAUUAAUGUAGUGUUAGAACCCAUUAUAUAUGAAAUUGAAAGAUCUAGAGAACCUGUAUUAGUUAUAGGACAUUAGGCUAUUUUAAGAUCUCUUUAUGCUUAUUUUCAUAGAAAUGAGAUCUCAGAGGUUCCUCAAUUAGAGAUCCCAAUUCAUGUUGUUAUAAAAUUAACACCAGCUGCAUAUAAUUGUGAAAAAAUAAGAAUAAAAAUUGAUCCAGAAACUGGAGAAAGAGAAUUAAUUGAAGAAGACAUAGAAUUUACAAGAUUCAAAAUAUUAACCAAGAAAAAAAACUAUAUUUUAUUAUGAUGAUAUAAUUAAUUAAUUUUAUUAUUACAUUUUAUCAAGCAAUAUAUUUAUUUAAUAUUAAAUUUGA